CCCAGGAUGCGGGCGCCGGCCAGGGAGCUGUUCCGAGACGCCGACUUCCCCGCCUCGGACUCCUCACUGUUUUCCAGCUUCUCCACGCCGCUGGCCCAGUUCCGGGAGGACAUCACGUGGAGGAGGCCCCAGGAGCUCUGUGCCACACCCCGGCUGUUUGCAGAUAACCCACAGGAAGGACAGGUGAAGCAAGGGCUGCUGGGAGACUGCUGGCUGCUGUGCGCCUGUGCUGCCCUGCAGAAGAGCCGGCGCCUCCUGGACCAGGUCAUUCCUCCGGGACAGCCGAGCUGGCUCGACCAAACGUACCGCGGCUCCUUUACCUGUCGAGUUUGGCAGUUUGGACGCUGGGUGGAGGUGACCAUAGAUGACCGUCUGCCUUGUCUUGCAGGGAGACUCUGCUUCUCCCGGUGCCAGAGAGAGGAUGUGUUCUGGCUUCCCUUACUGGAGAAGGUCUAUGCCAAGGUCUAUGGGUCCUAUGAGCACCUGUGGGCCGGGCAGGUGGCGGAUGCCCUGGUGGACCUCACUGGUGGCCUGGCAGAAAGGUGGAGCUUGAAGGACUUGGCAAGAACCGGCAGCCGACAGGACAGGCCUGGCGGCUCAGAGCACAGGACUUGUCGGCAGCUACUCAGCCUCAAGGACCGGUGCCUGAUAAGCUGCUCGGUGCUCAGUUCCAGAGCAGGUGCCAGGGAGUUGGGGGAGUUUCAUGCCUUCAUUGUGUCGGAUCUGCGAGAGCUCCGGGGGCGGACUGGCCAGGCCAUCCUGCUGCUGCGCAUUCAGAACCCCUGGGGCCGGCGGUGCUGGCAGGGGCCCUGGAGAGAGGGGGGCGAAGGGUGGAGCCAGGUGGACCCGGCAGAUGAGGCUACACUGCUGUCCCAGCUGCAGGAAGGGGAGUUCUGGGUGGAAGAGGAGGAGUUCCUCCAGGAGUUUGAUGAGGUCACCGUGGGCUUCCCGAUCACGGAGGCUGGCCACCUACAGAGCCUCUACUCAGAAAAGGAGCUGUGCCACACUCAGGAGCUACCCGGGGCCUGGGUCAAGGGGCAGUCUGCAGGAGGCUGUCGGAACAACAGCGGCUUUCCCAGCAACCCCAAAUUCUGGCUGCGGGUCUCGGAACCAAGCGAGGUGUACGUUACCGUCCUGCAGAGACCCAGGGUGCGCACAGCAAACUGGGCAGGCCGGGCUCGGGCACCGUUGAGGGACGACCGUGCCUCAUGGACCCCGGCCAGCCUCCUGGGCAAGGACUACCAGGCCGUGGGCCUGCAUAUCUGGAAGGUGGAGAAGCGGCGGGUCAGCCUGCCCAGGGUCCUGUCCACGCCCCCCGUGGCUGGCACUGUGUGCCACGCCUACGACCGGGAGGUCCACCUCCGCUGUGAACUCGGCCCCGGCUACUACCUGGCCGUCCCCAGCACCUUCCUGAAGGACGUGCCGGGGCAGUUUCUGCUCCGGGUCUUUUCCAGUGGGAGAGUCUCCCUCAGUGCCAUCAAGCCGGCGACCACGAGCCCUGCCUCUGGGGAGGCCCUGCCCGCAGGGGAGUGGGAGACCGUGCAGCUGCGGGGCUCUUGGAGAGUCGGCCAGACGGCGGGGGGCAGCAGGAACUUCGCCUCCUACCCUACCAACCCUUGCUUCCCCCUCUCGGUCCCUGAGGGCGCAGGGCCCCGCUGCAUCCGAAUCACUCUGCGCCAACACUGCCGUGACAGCGAAUGCCACCCCAUCGGCUUCCACGUCUUCCAGGUUCCGGUGGAUGGCGGGAGCCAGGGCGCGUCCCGCCUGCUGCUCCAGGACCCUCUGCUAAGCUGUGUGCCACACUGCUACGCCCAGGAAGUGAGCCGGCUCUGCCACCUGUCGGCGGGGACCUACAGGAUUGUGCCCUCCACCUACCUGCCAGACACAGAAGGGGCCUUCACGGUGACCAUCGCCACCAGAAUAGACAGGCGCUCCAUUCACAGCCAGGAAAGGCUGGGGCAGCUUCUCCAGGAGGCCUCCUUCAUGGCAGUUAUGAAAACCUAACUGGGUGACCCCCGUGUCGGCUCCGGUGACUGGGGGGUGAGAGGCCCCCUCCCACGGUGCCACCAGCCUCCACGCUGUGGCUCACAGCCCCGAGUCGGACGGCUGCACGUGCCCGCGGGUCCCGCAGGGAGGUGGCCGUGGGGCGAAGCAGGUGCCUCGGAAAGGCAAAAACCGCUGCAUCGGGCGUCCUUGUUCCAUGGCGCUGAGGCCGGAGAGCCUCCCAGAGACCCUCGGCGGCAUCUGUGUCCGGCUCCAGAGAGAGGCCUCACAGGGGACAAGAGCGUAGCAGGACAAAUCUUGUUUAGAACCGGUUAUUACGGCAGACGUUUUUAGGAAGAAACUUUAUGAAUAAACGUGAGUACUGAACGGUUUGCGGAGCCUCGUCUCGGGGAGCCGCAGGCCGAGUCCGCUCUCCCUGAGGACCAGGGGAAGGCCCGGGCCCUGCGCUCCCUCGGGGCCCUGCUGGCCUGUGAGACGGGCAGGCUGCUUGAGGACGCAGUGGGUGGUGGGAGCCUGGAGGGUCGUGGAGGGGCCGUGGGCGCCCGCCCCGUGACGGGAGCAGGAGGGAGCAGCCCAGGGCAGCACCUUGGUGCCGGUCACGUCGUCCGCCCUGUCCCUGCUGGGCCUUACCCCACCUGGGCGUCCGGAGGGACUCUCGGCCUCGGCCUUCCUUCCGUUUGGAGGUGCCAGAUGCAGUCGUUUGCUCUUGACGUGGGAGGAGGCGUCCCCGGGGGCCCCGGGCCUCUGACCGGUUGGACGCAGUCAGCCCUGGUCUCGGCCGGGCCUCUCUCCCCACCCCCGCUGCUUCCCUGACUGGCCAGCGCCGUGGCGUCGCCGUCCUUACCUUCCAAAGGAGGGCUGGGGGCCGCGACACAGGCCCGAGGAAGACCUCGCUGCCCCACGCCCCUUCACGUGUGAGCAAGACCCCUCGCAGUGACCAGUUCUCUGGGGUCGAGUGGAGGACGGAGGAGGGGCUCCAGGAUCUGGAGGUGCCGCGGAUGGAGAGGCAGCCUGGCAGAGGCGGCCAGACACCAGCCGGGCUUCCAGGACGUGGCUGGGCCGGUGGGGCACGGGCCGUGGCCCCCGCGCCAGGGGAGGCUCGCGCCCUCCUGGCCGCCAGCCCCCUGGGCCUGCGCCAGCUUGUGGUUCCUUCGCAUGGUUCCUUCGUGGGAGGCAGAGCUGAAGGAGACCUCACCCCCAGGGCAUCCUCAACAGGCAGGCAGGCAGGCCCGGCUGUCCUGGGCAUGGCCACCUCCCUCUGACCGAGUGAGCUCCAGAAGUAGCUUGUGUUCUCUGGGCUUCGAUGUCCUUGCUGAACACGUGUCCGAGCCCUGGCCAUACUCAGUGUGCCCCCAUGUCUGCCCUGGAGUCCUUGGCCUGGAAGGGCCUGUGGGGUGGGCACCAGCGGGGCUCAUUCUGCUGAGGACAAGAGUGACCGAAAGAGGGCUCUUGCCCGCUCCCACCCCACAGGAGGACCCGAUGCACGGGCGACUUCCAGUCUCCGUCAGCCACCUGACGUUGGCCCCCCACCCAGCCCGGUGUGAGCUGGGGCUGCAGACCACAGACCCCACGGGUUCCAGGCCGGUGCGCUGCUGUCUGACCCGUCCUCUGUAUUGACCUAAGCCCCGCCUCGGACCCGGCCUGUGGCCCCGGGGAGCUGGGCAGCAGCAACCAGCCACGCCCUGGAGGCCUGGUUCUUGGACCGGCCGGUGGGGGACUACUCGGGUGAAGGGCCUCCCUCCUGUGUCCGGGGGCCCUGGCAGACCCCUGACGGGCAGGUCUGGGUGUGUGCAUGUGGGAACGCCACCUUUCCGGCCUUCCCAGCAGACUUUGCCCCACACCACCUGUUUGGUUUCUCGUUCCACUUCCUGCUUGGGGCAGGUGGACCGUGCCUUUUCUGUGGGAGCCAUGUCCUACCCAGUCCUGGCCCUGGGUCUGCUCUCGUUGUCCUCACCUGCCCUCCUUCCCCUGGGCCUGGGUCAGCUUUGGGGGCUGCAGGGGUCCUGGGGUGAGUAUCAAGAUCCUGGUGUCCUCAGAGCGGUAGUCAGGGAGGGGGCCUGGCUGGGUCUGGGCUUCCGGGGCGAGAGGAAGGACAGAGCUGGGGUGAACGGGACAGGGCCAGCCAGACGGGGCCAAGGUUCUCAGAUGCUCCAGCCUCUUUCCUCUCUGUCUCUCCGUUAAUAAUCAUUUUUUUCUCACUCAGUGUCCCAUGUCUGCAUCAUUUGGUUUUACUAGUUUUUUUUUUCUCCUGUAAUAUUUAAUAGAUAUAAGCUAGAUAUGCUGCCUUUUGAAAUGAAUAGAAGAGUCAUUUUUUCCUAGGGACACUUUGGGGGCUUUUUGGACCCCAACACAAGGCCUUGGACAUGGCUGCUCCAUCAAGGAGAGGGUCGUUGCUGGUUUUGAGGAUGAACUUUAAGGGGCAGGCUGGGCCUUCCAGCACCCAGGAGUACUCAACUCAGCGGCUCUGGGGCCCCGUCCCUCCCCAGGGGACCUCAGAUGCAGGGCUCUGGCUGGGACCCUCUGGCUAUUCCUCUGGUUCCCAGCAAGCACAGGCUGUUUCUGCACAGACAGGGCAGUCUGGCCUGGGAGCCGGCUCACUCAGCGUCCUGGGGAACUCAGGCCACGGAGUUUUAGUCAGGACCAUGCUUAUGCUUGUUUCCCUAAAGCACCUCCCCUCCAGGGCUGGGGCUCAGGCCAUACACAUCCUCAGCUGCCUGUCCCUUCACAAAUCACCCAAGAGGGGAGGCUGAUGGAUCAGGAAACGGCUUUGGCUUGGACUGGGCUGGCUGCUCUAUCAGGGGCCAGUCCUAGUCCCUUGUGGGUUCCUGGUACCUGGGCAGGUGUGACGCUGGGGCACCAUGACGUGUGUGUGUGUGUGUGUGUGUGCGCGCGAUCUGACUGAUGUGGUCUCAUCCCUCAUCCCCCAAGGCCUAUUGAGAAGACCCACCAGCACCAACACAUCCCUCUCCACUACCCUGAUCCCCUGUCCCUUCAUUCUGAAGUCCCUCUGUGAGUGUGUGUGGGGUGCUAUGGAUGGGGCUCAGAUGCCCAGUACCCUGCCCUUGAGGACUGUCUGCACGCAGAUUAUCUGGACAGUACUGAUGAUGAGGGAUAGAUGAUGCUUUGAUGUGUAGGGGUGGCCCUUGAUCAGCCUGGGGACAGCAGUGCAGGGCAAGCAGGGGCUGGCAGAGGAGUUGAGCAGCCUCAGGAAAUGGAAAGAAGCUCUCUGUGCCUGCAGUGUGGCAAGUAGGCUCAGCAACUGUGGCAGGAGCUAAGGCUGGAAAAGUAGGUAAGGGUCUUGAGGUCCAUUUAAGGAGCUUGGGUAUUACACCUUGGGUGGUAAGGAGCCACUACACAGUUUUUAAGCAGGACCUGAUAGGUGUAUAUGUGACUUCUCUCUCUGGUCGAAGUCUCUAGAUGGGGAGGGGACCAAAUAGAAGGCUGUUGCAGACAUCAAGAGACAGAUGAUGGUGUCCUGGCCAAAAGGGAGGUAGGAGAGGCAGAGAGAAGAGGUCACCGUCGAGGUACAUUUAGAAAGCAAAAGCAGCAGAACAUGAUGCUUGAUGUUUAAUUAGAUUGAUCAUCUAGAGCAACGUGAAGAGAAUUGAUACCUUCAAAUCCAUGAACAUGGUAUACCUGCCCAUUUUUUGAGGUCUUCCUUAAUUUCUCUCAGCAAUAUUGUGUGUCCUGGAGCAUAGAUAUUUUGCACUUACUCUUACCUACUUUGUUUUUCAACACUUGCAAAUGAUAUUGUAUGUUAGGUUUCAUUUUUCUAAUUUUUUUUUUUUGCUAGUAUAUAGGAAUACAUUUUUUUGUAUAUUAUUUUGUGUCCUAUAGCCUUGUUAAUUCACUUAUUCAUAGUUUGGGGGUUGGGUUGUUGUUUUUUGUUUGGUUUUGGUUUUGAUUUGUAAAUCCCUUAGGAUUUUCUACAUACAGAAUUACGUCCUAUGUGAAAACAGAAAGUUCUGUUUCUUCCUUUCUUACCUGAAUUCAUUUUUUUUUUCUUGCUUUAUUUCUGGAGGCUCGGACCUCCAAUACCAUUUUGAGUAAAAGUGAUGAGAGCCACUUUCCUUGUUCCUGAUCACAGUAGGAAAGCACUCAGUUUCACCAUUAGACAUGAUUUUUUUUUUUUUUUUUUUUUGUAGAUGCUCUUUAUCAGACAGGGAAUUUCCCCCUAUUCCUAGUUUUUGAGAGUUUCUAUCAGAAACAGAUGUUGAAUUUUAUCAAGUGAUUUUCUUUCAUUAUAUAAAUGCAAGGAAGAUCGGAGGAGAUGAUUAUAUAAAUGUUCCCCUUUAUUAAUGUAGUCAAUUAUAUUGGUUGACAUUGUAAUGUUAAAACAAACCUUAUAUCCUCAGGA